AUGUCAUCGAUGCGAAACGCCGUCCAGCGACGGCCUCAUCGUGAGCGCGCCCAGCCUCACGAGCGCCGUCGCCUCGGUCUCCUUGAGAAGCACAAGGACUACUCUCUACGUGCCAAAGACUACAACAAGAAGAAGGAGCAGCUCAAAGCUCUCCAUCAAAAGGCGGCCGAACGCAACGAAGAUGAAUUCUACUUCGGGAUGAUGUCCCGCAAGGGGCCCGGAUCGCGUAUCAAGGAUGGACGCACCUGGGACGGCAAGAUCCACGGGGACCGCGGUAACUCGGCUAUGGACAUGGACACGGUCCGACUCCUAAAGACCCAAGACAUGGGCUACAUCCGCACGAUGCGCCAGGUGGCGAUGAAGGAGGUGGCGAGGCUUGAGCAACAGGUUGUCCUGACUCGCAGUCUAGACCGUCUAGAUGACGAGGAGGAGGAGGAGGAGGCUGCCGAGGAUGGUGACAUGUUUGGUAUGCCGUCGAAGCCCAAGCCGGCAAGGAAAACCGUCUUCUUCGAUGACGUGGAUGAGAGAGACGACGUUCUGGACAGCAUGGACGGUGAUGACGAAUCCGGAAAGAAGGCGAAGGAGGCAAGAAUGGCCGAGGAGGGAGAGGCCAAUGACCAAGACAAGGAUGCCGAACGACUCCAGCGCAGACUACAGAACGCCCGCAGGCGACUGGCUGUCCUUACCAACGCCGAGGAACAGCUCAACAUCCAGCAGGCCAAGAUGGCCAAGACGGCUACGUCGGGAGGGGAGACGAAAAAGGGAGACAGGAUCAAGGUGCGGGCCAGGAAGAGGUAA